AUGGGGAGUGAAGUCGCAGAACUCAAGAAGCUCGUGGAGUCUUUGAGUAAAGAGGUUACUCGUUUAGCUGACGAAGGAGAGAUUAAGAAAUUGCAUUUCAAGUAUGGAUACUAUUUAGACAAGUGCCUCUACCAGGAGGUUGUCGAUCUUUUUGCGGACAAUCCGGAUACCUUCGUUGAGUUCAUUGGAGGCCGUUACAGGGGCAGAGAGGGAGUUCAGAGACUUUAUAUCGGAAGGUUCGCAGGCAACUUUGUAAAAGGACGUAACGGCCCUGUCCACGGCUUCCUCCUCGACCACGCCCAAAUGCAAGACAUCGUCGACAUCACGCCCGAUGGAAACCAUGCUAAGGGACGCUUCCGUGCACUCAUGAGCGCUGGAACCCACAAGAGCAUCCAAGAUACCCACCCCCGAGGCUUUGUUCAAUGGUGGGAGGGCGGUGUCUACGAAAAUGAGUACAUCAAAGAGAACGGUGUCUGGAAGAUCUGGAAGUUGAAGUAUUUUCCAUUUUGGCAUGCGGAUUUCGCUAGAGGAUGGAGCAACAAGGAGAUCGGAGAGUUUAUUCCGCUUGAUACGAAGGCGUAUCCUGAGAGUCCACUGGGUCCAGAUGAGAUCGUAGAGCAGUUGAUGCUGUGGCCUGAUACGAGGGUUAUUCCAUUCCAUUACCCACACCCGGUUACUGGCAAAAUGGUUAAGGAAGAUGAUUUGAGAGCGCCAGAGUACGGGAAGGACGUGUCGACCGCUUUGCCGGCUCUGACACUUGCGGAGACUGUGAAGAAAUUGUGA